CAUCACAUGACUGAGGAUCAUCAGAAUAUUGAUAAGCACUGCGUCACCUAUAUGUCUACAGAGAACAGGGUCUCAGGCAAUCAUCUUAGUACAAAGCCUCCAGUAGAUGGUGUUCUUCAAAUGGAGAAUGGAAAGUGUUUACCCAGUCAAUAUYAAAAUGUGAAGCAACGAGAUAACUAUYUCACCUUGGCAGAAAGAAUUAUUGSUACAAAUAUCCCUUGCCUUAACUUCCUUUCUGAUGUUACUACUUGUCAUAUACCACAUAAUUACAUCAAAGAAAUGAAUGAGAAAACAGAAACAUCAUUUUUAGGCAUGAUACAUGAAAGUGAYAAUGAUGCUGAUGGAAUUCUAAAGAUCUUGCAAGUACUUCAUAAUUAUGCCCCUUAUCAUGGAGAAGGAGAAGAACGGGAAUAUGGUGAUCAAGGAAUUGUUGGAGAUCAGUUAUCUGMAGAGAGAGCAGUAAAUGYCCAUGCGUCUUUGUCAAAUGGUUURACACCCGAGYAACAACUACAAGGUCUACAUUUUGAAAUUGCUGAUUGGCACUCUGGAAAUAAGUUUUUAGAGGUUGCCUUUUCCAACUUGUUUAAUAUUUCAUCAUCUGGUGACAAGUGUACGCUAUACAGUGAUCGUAACCUCAUCAAUAGGAGAAAUGUCAAAGGUGAUGUUAGUGCAGCAGCAAAUCCAUGCCGAAGAUUCUUUAUACUUGAAGUUGAAUCCAGAGUGAUAGCAGKUGCUCUGAUGGUACUUGGAAKGAGCUCUUUGGAUGACAAAAAGCMCACUAAAUUUGAGCUUCCACAAAAGGAGUCACCAAAACAGGAUAAGAAGGCUUUCAUUCACAAAAUAGCUUCCCUUGUGGUUGACACAUUUGUGGUUGAMCAGUCCAGAAAUAAAAGUAUGGAAGAAUCAGCAAAACGCCUACAAAAGAAAGAGAUGGAUCUCAAAGCAGGUGCACGAUACCAAUGCAGGUUUCCUGGAUGUCGAAAGACAUUCGCCCAUAAUGGAAAAUACUUGCGUGAUCACGAGGCAAGUCRUGACCCUCCCAUAAUAUCCUCAUGUGAGACCAACAUCCUCCAAGAAUCAAAGAGCGAUGUGAAAGCUCAAGAUGACAUGCUGGCCUAUCAAAAGUCACUCUUGGAAUAUGGCAUGCUGAUCAUCAACUUCUUUGAUGCCAUAUCAGAAGGYGAUGGUGGGCGGAUUCAUCGCUGCUUUAAGUUUUUUUUGAUGUACCUGAAGCAUCAAGGUGGAAGUUCAACAAAGUACUCUUUGGAGUGCCUAUACCAGAUGUUUCAAGUAUAUGCAUUACUAAGCCCUCAGUCAUCACAUCAGCUCAUAUGGAACAGAUCAGUAAAGAACAAACCUKGAAGAGGUGGGAACAUUCCACUUGACCUGCAAUUGGAAUUUUACAACAAGACUGUAAAGGAAGCAAUCAAGAAGUUAGGACCGGCUGCAUCUACAAAAUCACUGGAUAGAAUCUGCCACUCAUUAGGAAUAACAAGUGAAAUCAUGAUUCACUACGACCACACCCAAUCUGUAAUUAAAAGAUCUGGCAAACAUGUGAAGAAAUCCACAAAGAAUGAUUUGCAUAAGAUUGUCAAAGAACUUGUGGAAAAUGAUGCAUUCCUAUUCAUCCCUGGAAGGCAAUACAGAUAUUAUAGAGGAAUUCAAUCAAGUUUGCUGCCUGGAUUUGAUAUGAGUAAGAUGUUCUCUUGUAUAAAUGACCAUAAGAAAUACAUGGUACUAAACAGGAGAGCAAGAUAAACAGUAUUAUUAAGAACAAUACUUUAAAUUUCUUUUAAUACAUACAGUGACUCAACAUGUACUACACUAAUUUAUGACUUCAUGGAAUAAUGUUUUGAAAAUCACCACAUAAUACUAGUGAGAGUUCUCUCAAAUAACAAUGUGAUGCAAACAUACUGUUAUGUUCAAGGAAAUGUUUUGGCUACUACUUGUACUUCUUAUACCUUGAAGUAAAUACAGAGUAAUCUCACAGCAAUAUGAUGUAACAGCUCCAAAGAGAUGAACAAAAACCAUGUACCAUACCAUGAAAUAAAUAACAUCCCUUUUAACAAAUUAAAAUGACUCUUCAAAACUACUGCCAAUUGUAUCCAUACAGAUAUGAAAUGAGCUAAGUUCCUCCAAAUCAUGGGUGUUAAACAGUUCAGCAAGAGUUGAAUCAUCCCUGAUCUGGCUCCACUCUGAGUAGUUGGACAUCUCCAAUGAAAUUGGGCCUUCAUCAUCUUCUAGACUAUUCAGUUGAAUGUCAUUAAAAACAGAACUCAAAGCUUGUAGAAUUCCAUUAGCAUACUGCAUUCGCCAAAUUUCAACUGACUUUAAAAUGUCUGAAAUUGAGAA